UCUACAAUUGUACCAAUAGAAUGAUCACAAUACUUCCCAACCCCCAAUAACUUAAAUUCUCACCUUCUCCCCUUUCUCUUUCUCUCUCUAAAAACUCCACCUUCUCCACAACCAUGACAUCCUCCUCCCCAUACACCCCAAUCACCACCUCCUCCACUACACCACCCACCUCAACCCCACUCUCCGCCAACCUCGACUUCAUCUCCCGCGCCAAACACCGCCUCUACGGCACCUUCUCCUCCCGCCGUCCAUGGAGUCAAUUCUUCGAUUACCACUCCAUCUCCUUCCCCCACAACCUCUCCGACGCCGUCUCCCGUCUCAAAACAAACUUCUCAUACUUCCGUAUGAACUUCACCAUGAUCGUUCUCUUAAUCCUCUUUGUCUCUCUCCUCUGGCACCCAAUCUCUCUCAUCGUCUUCCUCGUCAUGAUGGUGGCGUGGCUAUUCCUCUUUUUUCUCCGUGAAGAACCGCUCAUUUUAUUCGGCCGGUCUAUUGAUGACCGGAUCAUUCUUGCAGUUCUCUCGGUUAUGACCGUCGGUUUUCUACUAUUGACCGGUGCUACCUGGAAUAUAUUGAUCGCUUUGGCGGUUGGUGUGGUGGUUGUUUUCAUUUACUCGGUGUUUCGCCGGUCUGAUGAUUUGUUUUUGGAUGAAGAGGAGGCUGCUGCCGGCGGUUUGCUUGCCGGUCGGACCGGUAUUUAGCGCCAUCAUCAUAAAUAUAAUCAGUCAACUCUUUCUUAAUAGAGUCUUGCUUCUGUUAGUUUGACUUUUUUGUUGUCUCAUUACUCUUUUAUUUAUUUAUUUUUUGUAAAAUUAUUUGGUGGUUGGCAUUUUGAUGUUUUAUUAUGUAUUGGGUAAAUUUUAUUUUUUUUUUGGCAAAAGUGUUGGGUAAUGUUACCUGUGGAUUGUUAUCGUUAAUUUGUUGAUAUGCCAUUACUUUGGAACUUUUAAAAAAUUUCCCCAUUGCUCAUUCUCACGCUAAAACUUGUUUGGAAAUUUAUAUGAUGUUUUGAUAUUAUUUGUCA